CGCCCUGAUUGGUUUCCCUGGUGACGGUUGCCGGGGCAGCGCGUGCCGGCAUCGGGAAGGGCAGAGGAAGCGCUGGCUGCCCUGAAGAUAGACCGCGAAGCAGGCCGCGGGCAGGAUGGAGGCCGAGGAAAGCUCCGCAGAUACUCUGCGACUCCAGUUCAAGGCCAUGCAGGAGCUGCAGCACAGAAGGCUACAGAAACAGAUGGAGAAAAAGAGGGAGAAAGAGCUGAGCUGUAAAAGCAAAGCUGACCAGGAGGAGCUUACGGAGAUCCCAGACAAUCUAAGCCUCCUCAACACGGAGGAGCAGAACCUGAAAAACAUCUUCGAGAAGAGGGUGCUGGAAGAUGAAAUCCAGCAGCUUCGUAGUGAGCUCAGGGAGACAGUCGAUGAGAACGGGCGACUGUAUAAGCUUCUGAAGGAGAGGGACUUUGAGAUAAAACACCUCAAGAAGAAAAUAGAAGAGGACAGGCUUGCCUUCACAGGGGCAACCGGGAUGGCUGGGGAUCUCGUUGCCACCAAAAUCGUUGAACUGUCCAAAAAGAACCGGGGGCUGAUGGCAGAGUCAGAGAGCGCGAAGACCAGGGUGAAACAGCUGACUAACCGCAUCCAGGAGCUGGAACAUGAACUGCAGAUGGCACCAGCCAGGCCACCGGCCAAGGGGACCACUGACCCAGGAGCCAAGCCACUGAGGACCCAGGCGGGAGACAGAGCCUUGGUAGGAGUUCUUCUCUGUGCUGAGUCUGUGAGAGCAGCUUCUUUCAUAACCCGGGAGCUGGAAGCCAGUCAAGCCCGCCCCCUGCCCUCUCCAGGCUGGCACCAAAACCCUGACAUCCAACCCCACAUCUGUUCCCUGCAGUAUCUCCAUAAUAAAGGAGGGGGUGAAGGGGCCAGCCCCACCCAUGCCAGGUUCCCUGAGGACCAGACCCCAGUAACCAGCUCUCCGGCCUCAGCAGGCGAUCAUGUCGGCAGGCUAGGAUCCUCUCGCUCUGUGACCAGCCUGGGCCACACACUGGUGGAGUCUGCUCUCACGAGGCCUUCCCUGCCUAGUCCCCACGGGACCUCACCCAGGUUCUUGGACUCCCCAGAACAAAAGGGCUGGCAGGCACAAGCUGCAGAAAUGAAGGCCCUCUGGCAAGCCGCCGAGGUGGAGCGCGACCGCCUGAAUGAAUUUGUCACUGUCCUGCAGAAGCGGGUGGAGGAGAGCAGCAGCAAGCUGCUGGAGGCCGAGCAGAGGCUGCAGGAGGAACGACAGCGCGCCGUCCUGCUGGAGCAGCACCUGGAGAAGAUGCGCCUGGAUCCCUGCAGGACCUCGGUGUCCCAGAAGGUCGCCAAGAACAAGCCGGGGCCACAGGCCUCCAGCAGCAAGCACAAUCUACCUGGGAGCGCCAAGAAAGACUCGUCCUCCACUCAGCUUUCCGAUAUGCCCAUGGAAUCCCAGAUCAAAGAGCUAACUGCCAGGCUGGCCAUCCAAAUGGAGGAGAACGGAAUCCUGAGAGACGCCCUGGGCAGUGCCCUGCGUGGGAAGGAGGAAGACUUCCGCAUGUACCACCAGACCCUGGGCCAGGUGAAGGGGGUCUUCCUGCAGGCCCUGCGGCAGCAGAAAGCCAACAAGCAGUAGGGCGCAGCUGCUUGCUCAACUCCUGAGGGGCAGGGUCCUCAGAUGACUGACCCCCUGUGCAGGCUGUGCCCACCAGGCUCCUCCCAGAAGCAACUUGGACUACCAGCUGAGCUCAGACCUGCUCAGUAGGCAAGCUGAGGCUCAGGGUGCCCGGGCCAGGGAGGAGGCCGGCCACCCCCAGCAGAUGUGUGACCUUGAGUAGUGCUGUGGCCCUUGUCCUGGGGCCUGGCCAGGACACACAAAGAUGAAACCCUUGGUGCUUCCUGAUGCGGGGGGGGCGGGCAUCCACUGGUGCCAUCCACACCUCCCCAUAGUCACCCACUUGGGCAUCCCUUUGCUGUGCCCUGCCUCUCUGUGGACUUGGCAUAAUAA